AUGGCAUCCUCAUCUUGUCCGCCAAUCCAAAGUUUCGUCAAUGAUAAGUCUUUUGAUGUUUGCGCCUUUCCAAACUUGAAAACAAACACACCUGUCAAGAUGGCACUGAGCACAUGCUGUACAGCGGCAAACACCUUCGAGUCAGAAGACGGCUGCUUUGUCUACUGUGGUGUCGAGACCGCAUCGGAUGCCGUGUAUUUGUCGAAUUGUCUUGUUGACAAACUGGGUAUUAGCAUAUUCCUGAACGAAGGUUACCUUCAAGACCCACAAAUCUUCAAUGGAACAGCAACAACUACAAGAACAGGAAAGCCAACUGGUAAGAUUGCAACCACCUGGCCAUGGCCAUCUGAAGCCGUGACAGCAACUCUCUCGGAACAGGGAAGGGGAGCAGUCACUACUGUCACUUUCGAUUCUUCGUACUGGUCAGAAGCUUCUAGUGCGUACAUCAGCGUAUUGUCAGAAUACGACAACAGCGAUUUUGAGGCCAGCACCACUGGCUCUAUACCUAUUUUGACGGGCACCGGGCCUGUUAACACUGGAGUUUCUUCGACUGGCACACCAAAUACUGCCGCUCCACAAAGUACUGCAACUUCCGCUUUAACUGGAUCAUUCGCUUCCACUGGCACCAGCGCGGCGGCACCAAGUAGUACAGCUUCUGGGGCCACCAUGUCGAAGUCGCGUGCUUCGUUCGGCGCUUUGGCUGUCGUCGGAUUGCUGUUUUUGGUAGCUUUAGUAUAG